AUGAAUUUUGAAGUAUCAGACAUAUCAAAGGGUCUAGAGUCGCGAUCGAUCCCUUCAACGUCUGUACCAACACCACCCUUCCAGUACCUACGCACAACUGUCAUAUCCCAGGACUUUGACUUGUCGGACGACUUGCUAGUGGGCUGUGACUGUGAAAAUGAAUGUGAAACAGCAACGUGCACGAAUCGGCUUAUACAGCAUGGCAUUACGAAAAAGCUAUAUAUCGCAAGACAUGAUACUAAGGGGUUGUGUUUACACACGUUUGACGAUGUACAACGUGGAGAGUUUAUAUGUGAAUAUGCUGGACAGGUGAUAUUGCAAUCUGUUGCAGCUGAAAGAUAUGAGCAGUAUAGGGCCGAAGGACGAUCCAACUAUAUAUUGUGUGUGCUCGAACAUGGACGAGAUUCGAUGGCAGCAACACGUGUAGAUCCUACCAUCAUGGGGAAUGUGGGGAGAUUUGCAAACCAUAGCUGUGAACCCAACACGCAUGUUGUACCAGUGAGAGUUGGUUUGAUGAUUCCAAGGCUGUGCUUAUUUGCUCUGAGAGACAUUAAACCUCUCGAAGAGCUAACGUUUAGUUAUGGUGCCGUCUUUGAGGAGAACGCUCAAGAUCUCAUUCCAUGCUUGUGUGGGGCUGCUGCCUGCAAGAAAUGUCAUAUGUACAUUCGCCCAAUGAGUACCUCCCCCAUGUAUCCAGAUCCAUCGUCCCUGUCGAAUUCAGGACAAAUCAAAUCCACACAUUUGCACUUGAAGCUUUCAGCUGAUUUCAACUCCAAGAUUCUACAUGGCUCUGUAACUCAUGAUGUAGAAGCUACUUCUGAUGUAUCUGUCGUAUCUCUGGAUACCAGUUUCCUGGACAUCAAGUCUGUCACAUCGCAUCAUCACGAGAAAUUAGAGUAUGAGCUUCAACCACGUAAUGAAGUGUUUGGAUCUCGUUUGGAUAUAAAGCUGCCUAAAUCAUUGAGUGCUGGUGCAAAGUCAAGCUUCACCAUUCAUUAUCAAACUACUGACAAGUGCACCGCUGCUCAAUGGCUGGAACCAUCAAUGACGGUGGGCAAAAAGCAUCCCUACAUGUUUACGCAAUGUCAAGCAAUCCACGCCAGAAGUCUCGUACCAUGCUUUGACACGCCCGGUGUAAAACUCACAUACACUGCUGAAAUCACUGCCCCAGCACAAUUCAGGGCUCUGAUGAGCGCCAUACCAGAAUCAGACGCAGUGGAAGAUUCUGCAACUUCAACCAAAACAUGGAAGUUUAAACAACCUAUUUCCAUUCCUUCGUAUUUGAUUGCUUUGGCUAUUGGUAAUAUCGUUGGAAAGCCUGUUGGACCGAGAAGUACUGUUUGGUGUGAGCCCGAGAUGGUGGAUGCCGCGCAGUGGGAGUUUCCUGAUACUGAGACUUUCGUGGAAACGGGAGAGAAGUUGUUGACGCCGUAUGUUUGGGGCCGAUAUGAUCUCCUGGUCCUCCCGUCUAGUUUCCCUUAUGGUGGAAUGGAGAAUCCGUGUCUCACUUUUGUGACGCCUACGUUGCUAGCAGGCGAUAGAUCUUUACAAGAUGUGGUGGCCCAUGAGAUAUCUCAUUCUUGGAUGGGCAAUUUGGUUACGACUAAAGAUUGGCAAAACUUUUGGCUCAAUGAAGGAUUCACGAUGUGGUGUGAACGCAAAAUCAUUGGUCGUAUGCAUGGAAAUGCAGAGGCUGAUUUCAGUGCAAUUAUUGGCAUGAAAGCUUUGCAAGAAAGCAUCGACCUGUAUGAAGAAAUCCACAAGCCAGAAUUGAGCGCCUUGUUGCCAAACUUGACUGGUGGUGUAGACCCAGAUGAUGCAUUUUCCUCGGUGCCGUACGAGAAGGGUUUUAACUUCUUGUUUUACUUGGAAUCGCUUCUUGGUAAAGAUUCGAUGGAAGAGUAUAUGAGAGCACACGUAAAGAAAUUUUCACACAAAUCAAUUGACACCAACGACUUUAAGACGUUCUUGUAUGAAUUCUUGGCUGACAAGAAGACAAUACUGGAUUCGGUGGACUGGAAUGCUUGGUUAAACGGUACAGGCAUGCCACCAGUGAAGAAUCACUUUGAUGAAAGUCUGGCAGUAGCUUGUGAUGCGCUCGUGAAGAAAGUAGAGGCCGCUAGAACUGACUCGUCAGUCAAGUUUGAAAAGUCGGAAUUUGAUGCCUUUUCGCCAAGUCAAAAAAUGGUAUUCCUGGAAAAGCUGCUCACAAAACCACCAUACUCCCAUGCUAUCUUGGCUACACUGGAUGCAGCCUUCCAGAUGAUGAAUUAUCAAAGUGCUGAAAUCAAGUUCCGAUGGUGUUGGUUGUGUUUGCAAGCUAGCUAUAAGCCCAUUUAUACUGUAACCGCUACAUUCCUUGGACAAGUUGGACGUAUGAAGUAUGUACGGCCUUUGUAUCGAGCUCUCUCGAAAGCUGAAGACGGUGGAAAGGAGCUUGCCAUCAAGACAUUUGAGGCCAAUAGGACCUUUUAUCAUCCUAUCUGUAGGGAUAUGGUCGCUAAGGACUUGGGACUCGCUGCAAUCGCAUUGAAAUUGUAA